GAGGGCCAGCACAGCAACCGGGGUGAUGCGUUCGUUGGGUGGCGGAACGCAGCGGGCGGUGGGGACGCUCCUCCGGGAGCGAAGCGGGAGGUGAGCAACGCACGGGCUGCUGCGCGGGGGCUGGGGGUCGUGCAGCAGCUCAUAGACAACAACGUGAGAGUGAAGCGUCGGUUGCGCCUCAGCAGCACGGAGGGGUGAAACAGCCCUGCAGGGCAUCGCUGCGAGGCUCAGGGCUGGGGCUGCCUCUGCCAGUAGAGCAGCAGUGCGACCCAGCGCGUGUGGCGGUCUGGGCAGUGAGGGGGGGCCCAAUCCCCCAUCGCAGCGCUCUGCUCACAUCCAGCUCUGCUCAGCACUUCUCCCCUCCUCGGACGUCAGCGCAGCGCUGACCUUCACCCUCAGCCUGGGGAAACGUCACCCUGCCGGGACCCAACGGCGCACGGCUGGGAACGCACAGCUCAGGGCAGUGGGACAGGAGGUCCUCCCGCUCCUGUGGGUUGCUUUGGGGUUUGUUCUGCAGAGGGGGGAAAACAAGAGCCACCAUGAACGUGGGGACGGCACACAGCGAGGUGAACCCCAACACCCGCGUGAUGAACAGCCGGGGCAUCUGGCUGUCCUACAUCCUUGGCAUCGGCCUGCUGCACGUCGUGCUCCUCAGCAUCCCCUUCUUCAGUGUCCCCGUGGUUUGGACCCUUACCAACAUCAUUCACAACAUGAGCAUGUACAUCUUCCUCCACACCGUGAAAGGAACCCCUUUUGAGACGCCGGACCAGGGCAAGGCACGGCUGCUCACGCACUGGGAGCAGAUGGAUUACGGCGUGCAGUUCACGGCAUCCCGCAAGUUCCUGACCAUCAUGCCCAUCGUGCUGUAUUUUCUAACCAGCUUUUACACCAAAUACGACCGGAUACACUUCGUCAUCAACACCAUCUCCCUGAUGAGCGUCCUGAUCCCCAAACUGCCUCAGUUCCACGGAGUCCGGAUCUUUGGGAUCAACAAGUACUGAAGGCUGCAGAUGGAGGAGCAGCGGAGCUCGGGGAGGUUCGUCCUCCCCGCUCCCAUUCCCCCCUGCCCACACACACUGGGAUAGUUUCACAGCAGCUGUUUAAAUGCAGUACCCAAUAGACAUACACCGCAUGCUGGAUCCUCAUGCCCAAUAAAUCUAAAGAAGCUCCAGAGUAGAGUUUAGUGAGGAGCGGGAUGCUGGACUUCUUUUUAUUCCAGCAUCAGAAAUAGAUGCGGACGCACCGAGACUCCGAGGUACAAAGAGGAUGAAUCGUGGGAAGGUUUUCUUCUAUCCCAGACACACGAGAACAGGGGUGAGGGGAAGAGCUCUGAGUGCUGGUACUAUUGCUGUGGUAAAUGCACUUUAACAGUAUUUCCCUUUCUGAAGCUUCGGUGCUUUAAAGCGACACGCGGGGAAAUGGAAAGGGAGGCCACCAAACCCUCCCAACAUCCGAUGGUUUCAGGUUUUAGUUGCAUUUCUUGGGCAGAGGAAGAGAGGGGAGGGGAGCGGAGCGAUGGGGUUUUAUUCCGAAAUCUUUUACACCGCUGAGAAAAGAAAGGAGGUUCUGCUGAAAGCAGCGCGGGCAAAAAGGAGCGACCUGCAGUGUGGGACUGCUCUGUGUGCAACCAGCCAUCCCGUUCAGGGAAGAGCUCCCAGGGUCCCAACUCCCAGCUGUUGCUUCCAGCUCGGGGAACUUUGCUUCCCAUCCCAAACUGCUCACCUUCCCGAGCACGCAGGCAGCGAGGCAGUGGGAUGAAGGACUGAGGAGCAGCUCAUUGGAACGAUGGACUGCGGGUGCCCGUGGGGUGCCUGGCGCACAGAGACUGCACGAGCCUGGGAGGAACCAAAGACUGAUGGGUGCAGACCGCGCCAGAGCCGGAUGGCUGCUUGACGGCGGCGCUUUGAGUUCUCCUCUUCCAUCCAUCCCCGUGGUGUCCUCAGCCCACGCAGCUGUUAAUGAGAUGUGCCAGUUCUCCAAUUAACUCAGCAGGAAAGUCUCCACGUGGCGACGGAUCCCCAGGGCUGAUGAGUGCAAUGGGGAGGGAGCAGAGCGGCGCUGAGGAGCAGCACCAGCAGCGCCCUGACCUGAGCAGGAGAGGAGCGUUGAGGUCACCAAAGACAACAGAUGGUUUUGUAUAGGAAUAAACUCGAGCCUUCAUCCCCCUACAACCACCGCUGGAACGCAGCAGGGCUGCAGGUUUAGGCUUCCUGGCUGAGAUGCCUUUCUGCUGCUCAAAGCAAUUGGUUCUUUCUUGCAGGUUGUGUGCUGGAUGAAGCGUGGUUCUGCUCCUGCUUUCCCCUACACAAAGCUGCAUUUUUUGUUGUCUCAGUGCUUACGUUGUCUCACCCUGGCAAUGGUAAAGGCAUUUUUAAUAUGCUGGGUUCGUUCUUAAUUAGCCAAGUCUAGCUUGAGGAGUCAGAGUGGAUACUGAGCUCUAUUUGAGGGUCUGAGUGUAGGGCAUAGAGGAGCUCCAAGAUCUACUUACUGUAUAAGAUCUAAUAGUACUCCAUGCAUAAUAUUAGGCUUUACUUCUGUCCCAUACUUAGCAGGCUGCUGCAGUGAAGGGAGAAAUGAGUUACUGUAGCUCAGAGCCCUGCUGGGAUGCAUAGGGCCGUUACCUAACAGGUUUGAACAGUGGAAGUGUUUUAAGUGAAAAGGAAGCCUUGGAGGAGGUAGAAGAGCUGGGUUGGUGUUUGAGUGCUGAUCUCCAGUGAGAGUGUGGCUGAGGUUUGCUGUACCUGACCGGGGGGGGGUUCAACCACCGUGACACGAGGACUGCUGCUUUAGGGAAGGUACUACAGACCCUAAAGCUGAUGUGCUCUUUAAGCUACUGGGCAAUGACUUUUGGGAAAGAAAUGCUUUCUUUUUUUUUUUUUUUUUUCCAAAAUAGGACUAUUUUGUUCAUCAGUACUUGGGCAAUUAGCAAGGAAUGAACGGCACCAGAGCCUGCGAUGCUCAUGGACACAGUGCUGCAGCAGCUGCUCCUAACAGGGCAGCCCACCAGGGCUGAAUGCCCGACAGCACAUGAGCCCAUAUCCCACUGGUAGACCUCCAGGAGGAAAAACAGCACUCAUUGAGGUGUGAUAUAAAGGGGGAAAAUAUAAGCUUGUUUGCAGCAGAAGUAGUUGUUAUACCAGGGGUGCUUUGGCUUAAAAACGUGACUCCCAUCCGUAGGGAUAUCUCCCAGUAUAUGGGAGUUAUUCCAGGUCAGAGCAGCUGUGAUGUUUUGGGGCUCAGCUCCAUCACAGCCCCAGUGGUACUGCUGGGGGUUGGAGCACACAUCGUUUGUGCCCUUAACUGACGCGAUGGACAUCUGAUUCUGUUCUGUUCAAAUAAAGGCCAUCAAUAAACAAUAUAGAAUGGAAUUACAGACUUCUGGAAAAGGCAGGUUUUCAAGCCCAGAGUCCAGAACUCCUCGUGAGGCAAAGCCUUGAUUACAGUAGUGAACUUUUCCCAUUUUAUUUAGCUGCAGUGAUUACAACAGCAAUUAGCCAGGUGUCCUCGACUGGGGUUACGCGGCAGAUGACAGCCCUUACAAGGCACAUAGGGAGGUUUUGCUAUGGAGUAUCUUGGGUUAACUCGGGCUCAUGCAGUGAAUCCAAUCAAACAGAGUAUUCAUUAAAACUGGGGAAACAUAGAGUUGAAGAAGGAUUUUGCAUUGCUAACACAGUGUAUAAGGUGGUCUCAUUAGAUUAAUGGCUACUUGACCAAUUAUUGAUCUCGUAUCUCCCUUCCGAUCCCAUCUUAAGGGGAGGGAUCAGAUUGAAAAGUAGGAAAGGAACCUUAAAGAACAGCUCUGGGUUCUGCUGGGCAAACCACACUCAUUGCUGUGUGCCUGGUUCCCCCUGCCCACACCGUGGGGGCAGAGCUGUCCCAGGGACCUCCGGUGAAGGGUCAGUGCUGCAGUGGUGUGAAGGCAGAGCGCCAUCCCUGCGCCUCCUGGAGCUGCACUGAAUCCAUCUGUGGUUGUUAAGUUCUUAGGGAAGGGAGCUCAGUGCACGAAGGGUGGUCUUACCAGAAGGGAUGUGCAGGAGAUCAGCGAUGGUCAGUGAUGUUAAAUGGGAUUUGGAGCACCUCUCACGUGGCAGAUCCUCCUCUCCAACCCGCGCCGGCUCUGUGCGCAGCGAUGAGCAAACUUCAGCUGGAGGAUAAAGGGGGACUCCUUUGUGGGACUGCAGAAUAAGGACUGGAGAAGCAGGUACUGAAAUCCUUUGGGGUUUUCCUUUUGUCCUGCAGUAAAUGCGGGGCUGCAGCUUCAGAGGAGCAUCACCUGAGGUUGGCGAGAGGUCAUCCUCAGCCAUGCACACAUCCAACCCUGGGGACAGCAGGAAGCAAGCAGGCGCUUCUGCUCUACCAGUCAGGGCUCCCACCCUGCAGUUCCCAGUGGGAUUUCUCACAGUCCAAACCAUUGCAGGGAAAAAAAAAAAGCCUUUAAAACAAAUAGAAACCCUGAGAUUUGGGGCUACUUCAUCUUGAGGUCUUUUUUAAUUGGGUUUUUGUGUGUGUGUGUGUGUGUUUUAACAGGAAGUUGGUACUGGCCCUUGAAAAGGGGACAGCAGUUGGGUUACCAUUAUUAAUGCGUUCAUAUUUCUUAGUGGGACUCCCAUGGCCCUAUCAUUGCUCAUCAUAUGUUUUAAGCAUGCAAAGUCUUUCUGUUGAUGUGUCCUCCUUAGGGUCAAUUUAAGCUGAAUUAGUUGCGUUAUUUCCUUUUAACAUUGACAUAACUCUGACACUGUACAUAGUUGUAGGGUUUGGGUUUGGGUUGGUUUUUUCCUGCAGCCCUUCUUUUUGCUGUGGAUACUGAAGUCUCGUGUAGAGAACUUUCUAAAGCAAAGUGUGAAUAUUUUUAUUACUCCUUUGUACAGCGUUCUAAGAGAAACUAAUAAAGUGGGUAUUCCUGUAAA